AUAGUCCAUCGAUACCUCUUCUCACAUGGGCAUACGGUCGGACUGCAGUUCGAACCCAACUUCCGGUGGAUGGUUUCGAUACUUUCGAAAGAAACCCGUGCGGCCAUUGGAUAAGAGUCCAGAUGUCGUGAGCCUCCAAAGAUUUGACGCUCCAGUGAUUUCUGACCAUUCCGAAGCAGUUAAAGAGGCUCAACAGACUGCUGCAUCUACCUUGAGCACUGGAACCAGUCGGCGUUCUCUCGUAUUGUCUAUGAAAUGCCACGGCAUUAUCGGUGUGGUUCGCUUCCUUCUUGGAUACUAUCUGAUUUUGAUAACGAAGUGUCGACAAGUGGCUCAGAUUGGUGAGCACAAGAUAUUUAAAGUGGAAGAUACGCAUUCUCUUUAUAUUCCAGGAAACGAAAUGCACUCCUGUAAUGCCCACUCCGUUGCAUCUUCUAGGUCCUCCACCACCCGUAACACAUUCCCCAAGCUGACUCCGAAGGGCUCUUCUGUCUCGAUUGCUGCGUUUUCUGAGACUUCUCGUCAAACUGCAUUUCAGCAGUAUCAGUCCAGUCUCAAACAGACUCGCGUCAUGGCCGACGAAGUGCGCUAUUUGAAACUUUUCAAUAGCAUCAACAUGGCCAGUAACUUUUACUUCAGUUAUACCUACGAUCUGUCACAUUCAUUGCAAUAUAAUAUGCGAAAGGUGUCUUCGAACACUUGCUCGAGUUCAAACACAGUGCGCACUGUAAAACCCGUACCGAACGACCGUUUCGUAUGGAAUUGGCGUUUGAUCCCACCACACUUUCGGCCUACGCACCAGGAUCCACUAAGCGACAGUGAUCUGCAACCGGAUUGGUUCAUACCACUCUACAACGGAAUCGUUUUACAGGCUGCUCUUUCCGCUUGCGGAGCGCCAUUUUACCUCACCCUGAUUGGUCGGCGUAGCCGACGUUAUGCAGGCACUCGGUUUUUGAAGCGCGGAAUCAAUCUAGUCGGUGAUGUUGCCAAUGAGGUGGAAACUGAACAAAUUGUUCAUGACGCAUCGCACAUCCAAUUGCACAACAGUCGUUGCUCUUCAUACGUGCAAUUACGCGGCUCUGUUCCCCUCUUUUGGUCCCAAGAGUCUGGAAAACUGGUCGGCCGACCGCCCAUAGAGUUAUUGCGAGAAGAUCCCCUUUAUGAAGCUUUUGGGCUUCAUUUCUCCGACCUCUUGAGCCGUUACGGUUCACCAAUCGUCGUGCUAAACCUCAUGAAGAUGCGGGAAAAGCGACCUUUCGAGCAAAUUUUAUCCGAAGGCUACGAACGUGGGCUGGUGUAUUUGUCUCAGUUCCUUCCCUCGCAUAUUCCGAUCGAUAAAACUGCCACCGUUGAUCCAGAGCCUGUGGACGAAAAGAAUCCACCAAUCGUAUACAUUGCUUUUGACAUCGCUCGCGUACAGAAGAGCAAACGUUUGGUUGCAUUGGAUCAACUCACUCCGGUCGUCGACACAUGUGUACGUCGCACGGGUAUUUUCAUUUCUUCUUUCAAUCGUCGCGGUUCUCACCGCGUAUCCUCCGGAGUUAGUCCUCAUCAAUGCGGGGUGAUUCGGACAAAUUGUAUCGAUUGCCUCGAUCGAACUAACACAGCGCAAUUUGUCGUGGGACGCGUUGCGCUUGCCUAUCAACUGCACAAUCUCGGCUUCAUUUCGGAACCAGUGAUCGUGUCCGAUUCGAAGAUUGAUCGAUUGUUGCAGAAUUUGUACGACGAACAUGGAGACACGCUCGCUCUUCAAUACGGUGGCAGUCAGUUGGUGCACAACAUUGACACCUACAAGAAGACUCACAAAUUAUCCAGCCAAUCACGUGACCUAGUCCAGACUUUGUCGAGGUUUUAUUCCAACAAAUUUUCCGACUGGGACAAACAAUGCGUCACCAAUCUGUUCCUUCGAGUAUACCGUCCUUGUCUGUGGACUGGCACAUUAUUUGACCUCGUUUGCAAAGAAAUGUAUCAUCAGUUCCGGACCCGAGCAUCCUGUUUAGCCACAGACGGGACAAAUUCACUUUGGGCAUCUGCUUGGGAGCUAGAUCCUAUCAAUGGUUUCAAUUUGCUUGCCACCUUAUCCGAAUUGGCCGUAUCAGCUGACGGACCACUAUGGGAUUUGCCGAAUGACGCCCAUUUGCACUGGUUGGACGCUUGGAGCCGACUUCCACUGUCCAGGUCCUUGCUGACCGAUUGGUGUCCUCGUCCACUUCUUGAUAGCCUGCCGUUUGGUCUUGAUUUGAUUCGGAAGUCGGAACUUUUAGCCUCCAGAUGUAUGGAAUUACCCCCGGAUGAUAUCAGAGUCAAUUGGUUUGCCGAGCUGUACGAACCUUCGUGGUACCAAACCAUCGAUAGAAAUGCCCUACCUCAUAUGCGUUCGGUGGAACUACCAAUUCAAAUUCGCUCAUCUGACGCUCUUCUUUCUGCUGCCACUCCUUCCCUCGGCUUCCCAAAUGCAUCAAUGAGGGAUCGCCCCUCCUUUCCGAAACAUCACUCCUUCUCUAACCCUCCUCUCUCUGAAAUGCCCGAACCUCCACAAUCACCUGCCACUAGCAACACCUGCACCAAUUUAGCCAACACUCGUGACUCCGUUCAGUCCGCUUCGUCCCCCUCAAAGUUCCAAAAGAGAAGAAUGUUUAACCCUUCUUCCACUGACGAAAUUCCUGCCAAGUCCAGGUCCACCAUCAGCGCUAGUAGUAAUGGUUCACAAACUGUUUCCAAACGGCAAAAUAAAUCCAGAAUUGCCCUCAAAAAGAUCUCGCCUUCAGCUCAAAUCGCCAAGGAGGACUCAGGCGACGAGAGCAGUUCAGAUAGUGAUUCGGCCGAAUCCACUGGUGGCUUUCUUCGGGUGUAUCCCCCAACGUUGAACCUCACACAAUCGGCCACCAUGGGACACGAAUGGUACGCGUGUUCCGAUCCCCCUCCAAAUCCUUCUCUGUAUGGUAGCCUCACUCAUAAGAGUUCAGUGGUUGCUCACAGUAUGAGGCGCUUGGAGAGUGAACCCGUCCAGUCGAACGACCUGUGGGAUUGGGCGGACGUCUACUCACCCUACGAUCCGGUUGCCAUGAAAGACUUUCUCACACCCACUGACGCCGACAGUUAUCGCCAUUAUUUGAACCCUCAACGGUUUUCGAUGAGCGCUUCCGACACCACGCAGGUAAAAUCCUCCAGCGUGGUAACACCGAGUUCUGCGUCAAUUGACACAUAUCGAUACUACGCCAAUCUUGGUGUUUGUGGCGAAUGUACCGUUCCAGCCGCUUCGAUUGCCCUUUACAAGGCUACUGUGCUGGUGGCAGAUGCCUUGCGAUGUUAGGAUGCACUGUGAUCGAUCCGCACUCCACUUCAUACCCACUUGCUAUUGGUCCUUCACUGUCACGAAACAGAAUUUUUGAAAGAACGGUCAGGAGUUCUCUGUUUACUUAUUUUUUGAGUUCCAAUGUAAUUUACCACGUCUUCUUU